AUGUUUGCUGCUAUUGCUUCCGGGAAUCCGCUGCAAUUGUCCGAGGAAGUGCCCGACACGAACGGGCUGCGCCAUACCCUUGUUUUAUCCUCGACGAAACCCAAGACGUACUCGCACAUCAGCCUGUUCAUUCUGCCCAAUGUGACGUUCCCUGUGGAUUUUGUCGCUACAGUGUACUUCAAACUGGGACCCGAGGAGGACUUCAAACUGUUUGGGUACUUGUCCCUGGAGAAACCUAGUGCCAUGUUCAAAGUGCGGCUCUCCCGCGGUGGGGCCAGCCCAGAGGCGGUCACAGAUGGUCUCGGGGAAAUUGAUAUGGAUGAGGACGUCGACGGUACGACGUUACCCCCCACGGGGGGAAGCAACAUCUCGCAACUGAUCAUCGGUAUAUCGAUUGAACCGCGUGCAGAGGGGCUUGCCAGACUCGAACAGUGGAAGGCGCAACUCGCCGCAGAGAAACUCGCGGGCGGGUCUGUACCGCCCUCGUCGUCGUCUUCGCUCGUCGUAGCGCCCCGUGCAAGAAAUGUAGCCACUGCUGGUCAACUGGCGAGAUUGUACCCAUCGCUAACGCAGGAACUCGCGGGGAAGAUCGUGCAACACGCGUAUAAUUACCUCGCAGGGUUUCUUGAUCCGCAGGGGAACGUCCCGAUAAAAGUGUUUGAUGCGUGGUGGGAUAAAUUCAGGAGCAGGCUCUCAAACGACGCGGGGUUUCUCGAUGAGGUGACUAAUGACUGA